GAAGAAGAAGAAGAAGAAGAAGAAGAAGAAGAAGAAGAAGACGAAUCACAUGAGCGCAUUGGGAAUGUUGCAGAGAUUUUCUCGCGAGGGUAUCUGUGGGUUAGUUUGCUCAUCGCACCGCUGGUGUUUCGGUGAAUGUGAGUGUGUGGCAAAAUGUAUCAUUAGUGUUUUUAAGCAAUGUUUUAUUAAGAGGGUUGUCAUUCUGAUGAGGUUAUGCACUAGCAUCCACUACUGAAAGUGCUCUCACGCCCCAUGGACAUGUUGAGGAAACUUUUGCUGCUCUUGAUGCCUUGCAUCGUUUUCAUGACGCGGAGAUCAAAGGCAGCAGCGGUGCCCAGCGCGAGCAAAACUUUGAUCUGGGGUCCUGGACUAGAGGCAAACAUUGUCCUUCCUGCUCGAUUCUUCUUCAUACAGACAGUGGACACCACCGGACGAAAUUUCACGACUUCUCCUGGAGAGAAAACAUUUGAAGUGAAAAUUACAUCUCCAACAGACCCGUAUGCCAGAAUCUGGAUCCAAAUUUUAGACCGGAAUGAUGGAUCCUUUUUGGUUCGGUACCGCAUGUACGCCAGUUACACUGAUCUGCACAUUCAGAUUCUGUUGAAAGACAAGCUGGUGGGGAAAUCACCUUAUGUGCUUAGAGGUGCAGUGUAUCAUGAAUCAUGUGACUGCCCAGAGCCCAUUGGUGCAUUAUGGGAGAAGAACAUGCACUGUCCAGCCUCAUUCUCUCAGAUAGAGAGUGAUUUAUCCGUCUUUCCCAGUGUGGAUCCAGAUCGUAAUGCCCAUGAGAUCCUUCAGCGUUUUGGGAAGAGAAACAGCCUGUGCCACUACACCAUCAAAAACAACCAGGUUUAUAUAAAAACACAUGGAGAACAUGUUGGAUUCAGGAUCUUCAUGGAUGCCUUCCUUCUGUCCUUCACACGUAAAGUCAAGCUUCCAGACAUUGAGUUUUUUGUGAAUUUGGGGGACUGGCCCCUGGAGAAGAGACGGGCCUCUGAGAUGCCCAGCCCAAUUUUUUCAUGGUGUGGCUCCAAUGAGACACAAGACAUUGUCAUGCCAACGUAUGACCUCACCGAGUCUGUUUUGGAGACUAUGGGCAGAGUGAGCCUGGAUAUGAUGUCUGUCCAAGGACACACAGGUCCAACGUGGAAGCAGAAGAUGAGCAAAGCGUUCUGGAGAGGGCGAGACAGCAGGAAAGAGCGUCUUGAGCUGGUUAAACUGGCACGAGCGAACCCUGCCAUGCUCGAUGCAGCUUUAACCAACUUCUUCUUUUUUAAACAUGACGAGAGCCUUUAUGGUCCCCUCGUCAAACAUGUGUCCUUUUUCGACUUCUUUAAGUAUAAGUACCAGAUAAAUGUGGACGGGACGGUCGCAGCAUACAGAUUACCUUAUCUGCUUGCAGGUGACAGUGUGGUGUUAAAACACGACUCCAUCUAUUACGAGCACUUUUACAAGCAACUCAAGCCAUGGGUGCACUACAUCCCCUUUAAAGCUGACCUCAGUGACCUAGUGGAGAAGAUCCAGUGGGCUAGAGACCACGAUGAGGAGGCGAAGAAAAUUGCCCUGGCAGGUCAGCAGUUUGCGCGAACCCAUCUAAUGGGUGACAGUAUAUUCUGUUACUACUACAAACUCUUUCAGAAGUACUCUGAACUCCAGGUCACUGAGCCCAAGGUUAGAGAUGGCAUGGAGCUGUUGGAGCAGCCAAAGGAUGAACUUUUCCCAUGUUACUGCGCAAGAAAACAGGUCAGAGAUGAGCUGUGAUACCUCAUGUUUCAUCAUGUAACAGCGGCCAUCAAAUUUAGAUGGAUUUGCACCAGAACAUGUUUAAGGCCACAGACUUGGUGCGUCAAGUGUCUUGUGACUGCAAUGCCUUAACUGAAUGUUGUUGUUUUUUUGUUUGUUUUUUUUUUGUUUUUGUUUUUUAUUAAAUCUUUCUAUUUCUACACUCUUGCUGGUCUGGUUUAUAUUAAUUAUAUAUUAGGACCAUUUUUGUUUAGAACGAUUGAUGGAAGGGCUUGCUUAUUGCUUUAAAAUCAGAGUAAAUUUUAAUAAAAUAACUGCAAUACUCAAUAGAGACAUCAUGUUCCACCAAGAUUGGACCAGAGUAAUCAUGUUAUUAAUUCGGAAUAAUUAACUAUAACAAAAUAAUUAGAAUAAAUAAGAAAUGUUCUUUACUUUUUUAAAGGCCUAUGCCUAUAUAAACUGUCUUAAAUCUAUCUUGAGAAAUUUUUACUUAAGUCCAGGAUGUGUUUUACAUUUUUUACUCAAGUUCCUAUCUAACAUUAAGAACAAAACACGCUUCUUCUUUUUUUUUUAAAGGCUUUGUUUGCGAAGUGUUUCCGUAAAAUAAUAAAGGAUGACAUUCAUAUAUUUUUAGUGUGCUCCAUGUGUGUGAAUAACCCCUUU